GCUGGAGUUUAUGCUUAAAGGUCGUUGUUCAGCGGGUCGUUCAGUAGUGCAGAAAUGCCAGCUAAACGAAGGUUUGCAUCUCGCUUUCCAACGGUAUGGUUAGCAUAUGGAUAUUCCAUAUUUUAAUACAACCCACCAUAUUUUUAAAUUAAUCCCAAUUCUCUUUGCAGACAAGAAUUAAAAAAAUCAUGCAAUUAGAUGAAGAAAUCGGCAAGUUGACAGCUACUGUCCCUCCUGUUGUUUCACGUUCCUUAGAAUUGUUUCUCGAACAGCUGCUUAAUCAGGCGUAUGAAUUCACUGCAACUAGAAACUCGAAAACAAUAAGUCCCGGAAUUAUUAAAUAUGUCGUAGAACACGAACCUCGCUUUACAUUUUUGCGUUCCUUGGUUGUCAACAUCCCAGAUUUAAAGCCUAACAGUCGAAAGCAGAGCUGUUCCAAACUAAGUGCAGAUUCAGAUAUACAGUCGGAUACUAGUGAUGGCACGUCAUCGAGCGUUGAUGAAGUACACCAAAGCACUAUGUCCUCUAGUGUUAAAAGAAACUCGGGGCAAAAGCGAAAACAGUCUCCGACCUUUCGAAAAGCAAGUAAGCAGAGUCCCAUCGGAGAGGAUAAUAAAACUUCAAGUUCACUGGAUCAGAAUCACGGAUCUGCCUUGGAUUUAUUGUCAACAAAUAAAGCUAGUAAAAUCCGCAAAAAUGGUGACGUUGUCGGGAAUUCGAGCAAUGGUUCCGUUUCUUUUAGUAAUCCCGGUGUUCGGAACGAAAGUCUAGUCGAUUAUCAGUAUACUGAAGCAUAAUACACUUUUAAGUACUUGUAUUUAAUACAUUUAUAUAAAUACCACAUAAACACAGUCCAUCUGUAAUUUUUAUCAAAUCCCAGAACCCACUUUGUACAGAAUAAAGUCAUUGUCUAUUCAUUCAUCCGUUGCAAAUAAACGCUAUUGUUACUAGAA